AUGUAUUCAAAUAAGUUAAGUUUUAUAUUAUUUUUAACGUUAAUAUUAUUUAAAAUAACAAAAUGUUAUAAUGAUAAUAAUAAUGAUGAUGGGGAUUCUAGUGAUGAUGAUGAUGAUGAUCAAUAUGAAGAAUUAGAAAAUUGUCGACAUGAUAUUGAUAUAAAAACAUUUAAAAAAACGAAUGAAAUUAAAUUAUGUAAUUCAUUAGAAAAAGCUUCAAAUAAAUCUCGAAUUCAAUUAAAAAUCUUUACAAAUCAUAGUGAACAAAUAAUUCAUAUUCGAGCUUUAUCUCAAUUAUUAACAAAUAAUACAAUAAAUAAAUCACUUAUUCAAUUAACAACUGAUAUUAUUGAAGAUUUUAAACAACCGAUUAGUUUAUUAUUUAUUGAUAAUUAUCAAUUUAUAUCUUUUACAACAUUUAAAUCAAUAUUAUUAUCAUUAAUUAAUGUUGAUUUUAAUUUACUUGGAAAAAAUCUUAAAAAAACUUUAAUUAUUCCGAAAGGUGGACAUAAACAAAUGCUUAGUUGUUCAGGAAAUUAUUAUCCAAAACAAAAUAUUCAAUUAUUAAAUAUAAAACCAGCAUUUACUAAACCAAUAACAUGUAACAAAGAAAAACAACAAGACCAAUUUUUUACACUUCAAGAAAAAAUUUAUCUUAAUCAAAUUGAUGAAAAUAAAUUUCGUUUACAUCAAAUUCAUCAAGAUGAUCAAAAUAAAAUAAGUCGAACAAGUUGGUAUACAUGUAAUCAUCCAAAAUCAUGUACAAAUGGCAUACAAAAUAAAUCAAUAUUAGACAAAACUGUUAAUUAUGUUUUGAAAUUUUUACAAAAAAGUCGAGCUGAAAAAAAACUUUAA